CUACAACAUUUUUGCGCCCCGGUCUACUCCAGGGGAAGACAAUCAAACAGAGAAAAAGCAACGCAGCAAUGGUGUUGAUCGAAGCCGUGCCAUCCUCUGACGAAACGUCAAAGCCAAAACCGCCACCAGUCAAGGCGGCUGAAGCAUCGACAGGCGCUGGUUCGUCCUCUGCGGCUGCGCCGGCGGCAUCUGGAUAUGGUUCCGAUGGUUACGAGACUGCUAGCGAUACCGAACUUAACGAGACCGAUGAGGCAGAAGGGAAGAAAGAGGAACAAAACCUUAGUCACAGUAGUGUAAAGGACGAGAAAGCAAAAGAAGAUUAUGGGAGCCCAGCCACAUCAACACCGUCGUCUUUUUCGGGUGGAAAUGAAGAGGCGCCGAAACAGAAAAUGGAAUCCGACAUGGAUCAACUUCACGAGAGUAAGCUAAAUAAGGGAAUAAAUAUCUUCUACUCUGCUGCUGGAGAAUGA